UCACUGACCCACAUUCCGACAAGGAAAUCUAGGACUAGUCUAGUAGUCUUUUACUAAAAUGUUUUACGGGCCAUAAAUAUUAAGCCCAAUAAGGAUUUUUAAAAAGAGAGAGAUCGGCCCAAAAAGCGUUACGAAAGUCUCUCUGUGAAACAGAGGGUCUCUGUAAGUGUCGUAUCUCACGACGAACUGAUGAUAACGGCGAUGAUGUCUCCCGGAGCGGAAACUACGGCCACACAAUGCUACGAUCCAAUUGCUGCAUUUCAGUUCGCCCUUACACGGCGAAACAACCUUCGUUCCAUAGGCUACAUCACCCUAUCUCCUCCAGUCUCUCCUCUGGUCGCAUCACCCUUCACGGUGGUGAUGGUUCCGUCUCCUCCUUCCGCCUCCGUGAUCUCGUUUUCGUCGUAAACCCUCAAGGAGCUAAUGGUAGAACAGCUAAGGAGUGGAAGAAGUUGCUUCCUUACCUUCGAACUCGUCUUGGUAAAGACUGUAAUGUGAGUGUUUACUUAACUGUGUGCUAUGCGUUAGUGGCGUGUGUGUGUGUGUGUGGGUAUUAUUGUUUGCUUACUCCUCCACAGAUAAAAGAAUAUUUAACAUCGGGUCCUUCUCAUGCCAUUGACAUUACAAGAGAGGCUAUUAGGGAUGGUGCAGAUGCUGUGAUUGCGGUAGGAGGUGAUGGAACCCUGCAUGAGGUUGUUAAUGGUUUCUUUUGGGAGGGAAAACCUGUCAGUAAUCUCAACGGCGAAGCUAGUCAUUCAGCUGCACUUGGUCUGAUUCCCUUAGGUACUGGCUCGGACUUCGCUAGGACAUUUGGUUGGGACAAUGAUCCUUGUGAAGCGGUGGAGCGCAUUGCUAGAGGUGUAAGAUCAAGUGUUGAUGUUGGUGUUAUCGACCAUAAAGGAAGUGAUUUGCAUUACUUCAUUAACGUUGCUGAUGUUCACUUGAGCGCAAAGGCAGGUUUCUACGCAUCAAAGUACAAGAAAUUCGGAAGCUUGUGCUACGUUAUCGGUGCCCUCCAAGCUUUUAUGGGACAUCACAACCGAGACAUGAGGAUCAAGGUCAAUGGAGGGGAAUGGGAGAUAUAUCCUCAAGUCACCGCUCUCUGCGUUGGAAACGCUAAGUACUUUGGUGGUGGAAUGAAGAUCACUCCCAACGCUGUCCCCGGAAAUGGAAAUCUUGAGGUUGUGGUUCUUCAAGACUUCAAGUGGUAUGAUUUCAUACUGAAACUUCAUACGCUAUACAACGGGACGCAUCUCUCCGUUAACAAUGUGAGCUCAAGAAGUGUACAAAGUAUAGAAAUUGAGGAGGUUUCAGAGAGUGGAAGUAUCUAUGUUCAGUCAGAUGGAGAACAUCUUGGAUUCCUACCUAGAAAGUUUCAGGUUUUACCCGGUGCCAUCGACAUGAUCAUCAGCUGAUGAUCACAACCACACCUGCCAAGAAAGGUGUAGAAAAGAAGACACAUCACAUUCAACUUUUGUUUUGGUCUGUACUCUGUACUAUGUAGAGAUUCUUCUUUUUUAUCUUAGAUUUGAUUCAUUGUUUUAAGACGAAUCAGAUAUGUGAUCUUGUUGUGUUGUGUUCUGUUGUUA